CUUCCGGUUCUUUCUUUUUCCUGCAUGUUUGAUGUGUAGUUCAGUCGCACAUGUCUAGCUGCUCGACAACAUUCAACAACAUUUAACAUGCCGUCAAUGAUCCACACUCAAGCCGAUCACAUUAUACACAUGGUGGAGGUGGAGAACGGACUGGAGAUAAUAAAGAAAAAGAAAAAGAAAAUUAAAGGAAAGGUUAUAGCAGAGGACGAGUGUGAAUCUCCAGCUCCUGAAAAGAGGAAGCGUGAACAAUUGAUCACAGAUGUGAACGGAAACGCAGACACAAACACCAUCAAGAAGAAGAAGAAGAUCAAGGCAAAAGCAGUAGACAUGACGCUUCAAACCUCAUCAUCAGCAGAGAUCAGCAGCGAGCAUCCUGCAGUGAAAACACCAGUAGAGUCCAUUGAGGAUUCGGCCAGCGACAAGGAGAAGGAAACUCCUGAGCAGAGAGAAGGAGCGUUUACCAACUUCAGGAUCUCACAGGACACCAUCAAACUCCUGCAGGCACGUGGCGUCACAUACCUCUUUGACAUCCAGGUGAAGACUUUUAACUCUGUGUAUGAUGGGAAAGAUUUAAUUGGUCAGGCGAGAACUGGCACUGGAAAAACUUUCUCAUUCGCAAUUCCACUGGUGGAGAAACUGCAGUCUGAGGCAGCAGAUAAGAGAAGAGGACGACCCCCAAAAGUGUUGGUUCUUGCACCGACUCGAGAGCUCGCUAUUCAAGUGUCCAAAGACUUCAAAGACAUCACCAGAAAGCUAUCUGUGACAUGUUUCUAUGGAGGAAGCUCCUACAAUCCACAAAUGGAUGCAAUCCGCAGUGGCAUUGACAUUCUGGUGGGCACACCGGGUCGAAUCAAAGACCACCUGCAGAACAAUAAACUGGAUCUGUCUCGGCUCAAACACGUGGUUCUGGAUGAGGUGGAUCAGAUGUUGGACAUGGGCUUUGCAGAACAGGUGGAGGAGAUCCUCUCUAUGUCCUACAAGAAAGAUGCAGAAGAGAAGCCGCAGACGCUGCUGUUUUCUGCCACGUGUCCUCAGUGGGUUUAUGAAGUGGCCAAGAAAUACAUGCACACAAAGUGCAUUCAUGUGGAUCUGAUCGGGAAGAAGACACAGAAAGCCGCCACCACAGUCGAGCAUCUGGCGAUCGCAUGCCAUUGGUCACAGAGAGCGUCGGUCAUCGGUGAUGUCAUCCAGGUGUACAGCGGCAGUCACGGACGAACCAUCGUCUUCUGUGAGACCAAGAGAGAAGCCACAGAGCUCUCCAUGAACACCUCCAUUAAACAGAGUGCGCAGACACUGCAUGGUGACAUUGUUCAGAAACAGAGAGAGGUCACGCUGAAGGGCUUCAGGAACGGCACAUUUGAAGUGUUGGUGGCCACUAACGUCGCGGCUCGCGGUCUGGACAUUCCAGAGGUGGAUCUGGUCAUUCAGUGUUCUCCUCCAAAGGAUGUUGAGUCAUACAUCCAUCGCUCAGGACGGACGGGCAGAGCUGGACGAACGGGUGUUUGUAUCUGUUUCUACCAACGGAACGAGGAGAGCCAGUUGAAAUUCGUGGAGCAGAAAGCGGGCAUCACAUUCAAACGUGUCGGAGUCCCCACAGCCAAUGACAUCAUCAAAUCUUCCAGUAAAGAUGCCGUGAGGUUUCUGGACUCCAUCCCAGCGGCAGCAGUUGAAUAUUUCCGUCAGGCAGCGUGUGAGCUCAUCGAGCAGCGGGGGGCGGAAGAGGCGCUGGCCGCGGCACUCGCUCACAUAUCAGGAGCUACAAGUCUGGAGCAGAGAUCGCUAAUCAACUCUGACGCUGGAUUCACCACAAUGAUCCUGAGCUGCUCUCAAGAAAUGCAUAACAUGGGUUAUGCGUGGCGUGGACUGAAGGAACAGCUCGGAGAGGAAGUCGAGGGCCACAUCAGUCGAAUGAACUUCCUGAAGGGCAAGAAGGGAGUGUGUUUUGAUGUUCCAGCCAGUAAGCUGAAGGAGAUUCAGGACAAAUGGCAGGAUGGCCGUCGCUGGCAGCUCACCGUUGCUACUGAACUGCCAGAGAUGGAGCAGAGCAUGCGUCAAAGUGGCGAAUGGCGGGCUGGUGGGUUUAGCGGUCGUGGUGGAGGGGGACGGCGCUCGUUUGGUGGAAACUUCAAAGGCAACAAAAGUUUCAGCAGAGGAAGAGGCGGCGGUGGUCAGAAACGAAGCUUUAAUCAAGCCUUUGAUUAUUGAUCGUGCAUUGGACUGUCAGACUGUCUUGUUUUUACUGCCAUUUAAUUCACUUUUGCCUGUUUCUCGAGUGUUAAGAACCCUGAAAUAUGCUGAUUAUAACUGACUUACAGUUGUGCUAUUUAUAUGACAAAUCUUGUUCGCAUUAAAAUGGUCCUACAACUAA